AUGCUGAGAAGUGGAAAACGUAGAAUCGGGCAACCCUUUGGGAAUGAAAGUGAAAGUGCCUCAAGCCAUCCAAAAGAAAAAUCCAGAGAGGAAGAACAAAUGAAUAAAUUCACCCAAAGACUUCAAGCAAGCUUAGAAAAUAUACAACCUGAUCUCAAGAAGAAAUAUGGGAUAGAACGAUUAAAGGCAUUGGGAGCCACAAACUUUGAAGGAACAAAAGAUCCUGCAAAUGCAGAAGCAUGGAUGAAUCAAAUAGAAAAAUAUUUCGAGGUGAUGAGAUGCCCUAAAAACCGUAAGGUAAGUCUUGCCACAUUCUUACUGCAAAAACAGGCAGAAGAUUGGUGGAAGCUACUAAAGAAUAGGAGGGGCAAUCAAGAAGAAAUAUGUUGGGAGGAAUUUCGAAAAGCAUUUUUCGAAAGAUUCUAUCCUCGAUCAUUCAGGGAUAGGAAACAAGAUGAAUUCCUACAGCUCAUGCAGGGAAACAUGACUAUAGUGGAAUAUGAAUUAAAGUAUACGAAGCUAUCCAAGUAUGCUUUAAACAUAGUGGUGGAUGAAAAGGAACGUUGUCGGAGGUUUGAAACGGGAUUAAGACAAGAGAUUCGAACUCCUGUUACAGCAACCGCAGAAUGGGGAGAAUUUUCAAGACUAAUAGAAGUCGUGAUGAGAGUAGAAAGAAGUUUAAUGACGGAAGAAGUAAGACCGGAAAGAGACUCAUCAAUGAGUAGGUGGCGGAGGGAAAAACCAAGAAAUUUUACACCCAGGGUAGAAAGCAGAAGUGGAUGGAAAAGAAGAGAAGUUACCAACACUAAAGCAAACCCUGAACGGGAGAGCCAAAUAAAGGAGUCAAUGGUGAGUGUUAACCAAAGACUAAGAUGUCCGGUCUGUAAUAAAUAUCACUGGGGAAGGUGUUGGAAGCAAACCCAAGAACGAUCACACACGUAUUUUAAGUGUGGCAGACCAGGACACUUUAAACGAGAAUGUCCUAAGUUAAUGGAUACUGGAAAUGUACAACCACCAAACAACCCGGGAGGAAGAUGA